AUGGAAGAAGACAUUGCCUUGGCCCAAGAGGAGUAUGAAGGAAGGCCUUCGCCUGGGAAUAGGACGACGAUCAACAAACUUAUUGCUACUUACAUCCUUCUCCUCAAAAUGGAGGACUUUUGGAGGCAGAAGGCAACACUCCGAUGGCUUGCGGAGGGAAACAAAGGCACAAGAUUCUAUCAAAGUUUGGUCAAACAGAAGAGGAUCCAGAUGCGCAUCCAUACUAUCAAAGUGAACUGGGGAGAAGUCACAGACAAACCUGAGAUCAGGGAGUCGGCGGUUGACUUCUACAAAAAUCUCCUUGCACCUGAACCAAUGGAGCUCGGGGACGGAUGUGACAGCAGCGAUCCGACAGUUCUUUCUGGGGGCCUUUCUACCUCAAAGCAUUACUGCGACGAGCAUCGUCCUCUCGCAAAAAAGGCAUCCCCGGAGACAUGGGGUGACUACAGACCCAUCAGCCUCUGCACCGUAAUCUCUCCAAACCAGAGCGGAUUCGUGAAGGGUCGGUUCCUUCAUGACAACGUUCUCCUCGCCCAAGAGAUGUUUCACGAGUUAGCAAGGUGUUCCCCGGCACCGAAUGUGGCGGUUAAGAUCGACAUGGCUAAGGCCUACGAUAGUUUCCAAUGGAGUUUUUUUCUCAAGGUACUCCGACGCAUUGGCUUUCCGGAUGCUUGGACAGGCCUAAUUGAAAGAUGCAUAGGCUCAUGCUGGUUCUCAGUCCUUAUUAAUGGCGUCCCUGCUGUGUUUUUCAAGUCAACUCGAGGGCUCAGACAGGGAGACCCCAUCUCGCCCGCAUUGUUCUUGAUUGCCGCAGAUUACUUAUCUAGGGCCCUUGACAGGCUCAUUCUGGGCAAGAAGGAUAUGAUCUUCAAAGCCUCCAGGAGAUGCAUGGAAAUCAGCCACCUGGCAUAUGCCGAUGAUAUUAUCAUCUUCACCCAAGCAGCCGCAAACCCCUUGCACCGGCUCAGAGCGUGCCUCGAUGGGUAUGAGGGGGUAUCCAGGCAACAGAUCAGCCUCCCCAAAAGUAACAUCUAUAUUGCCGAAGCACACGAGCAGCGGGCGCAUGCAAUCCAAAGUGAAGGUGGCUUCUCAUAUUCUGGGGAGUCAAGCACACGGAAAUGUUUAUGUUCAUCCGAGAGAAGAUAUCUAGAAGAAUCUCCGGAUGGGCCUUCCGAGAGACUCGGAAUUCGCAAGUUCACGGAAGUCCUUCGAGCUUUCUACAUCAAACUUUGGUGGCGCUUCCGAGAACAGAGUUCCCUAUGGGCACGAUACAUGAUGCGAAAGUAUUGCGCCUCAUCCCUGCCACUCUCCUCGAGGACAUCGGGUAGACAUAGACCAACGUGGAAGAGGCUGGCCAAAACUUGGGUGCAGUCUCUCCCGCAUAUCCGGUGGCUAGUUGGGCAAGGACAUAUCUACUUUUGGGAUGAUUUAUGGCUCGGUGACCCUCCUCUUAGGGGGCUAUGUUUUGAUGAGCAGGGCAGCCCCGCGAUGACCGUCUCGGAAUUCAUCAACGAUAGCGCAUGGGAUGUCCCUAAACUGCAAUUGCUUCACGACCAGGCCGGUCUCUCACAACAGCUCAUCGAGCAAAUUUGUCAAACCUCGAUCAUUUCAGGGGAGCCGGACGUCCCGAGAUGGACGCUAUCCCGAUCGUUUGGGAAAUGA